AUGAUACCAUAUGCUAGUACUGUAGGGAGUUUGAUGUAUGCUCAAUUUUACACUAGACCAAAUAUCGAUUAUGCAACCAGUGUCCUUAGUAAGCUUCAUUUAAAUCCAGGAAAACAACAUUGGGAAAAAAAUAUUAAGCAGACUUUAGUGACAUCUUCUACUAUGGAGGCUAAAUUUGUGGUAUGUUAUGGGACUAUAGUCCAGGCCAUUUGGUUAAAAAAUUUUAUUUAUGGUUUGAAAGUUGUUGAUUCAAUCUCAAGGCCAAUCAUUAUUUAUUGUGAUUAUACCACAGCAGUGUUAGUUAAGGAAAGGCAAACAAAAACAGAGCAUAUCAUUACAGAGGUGAUGAUUGUAGAUCUUUUGACUAAGGGACUUGAUCCAAAGGUUUUUAAAACACAUGUUGCUAAUAUGGGUAUUGUGGAAACCUUGAUGUUUUUGAUAGAAACAUGA